AUGAGGAAGGCUUUCAAAAAGGCGUUUCAGGAGGUGCAGGAUCUCGUCGAGGGCAAAGAUGACUCUGUGACUCAGCGAGCAGCGCCUCAACCACUACCACCCCCUCCACAAGCUGCCAUGUCCGCCUCACAGCCGACGCGGCCGUCACCCAAAGACAUCAUAAGGUAUCGCUAUCAACAUGGCACUAAUCUGGGCUCGAUCUUCAUCCUCGAACAAUGGCUCUUUGGAAGUAUGUACGAUGAAGGCGUCAAGUCUAGCAGUGAGCUGGAUGCUAUUACCACUUCGCUCAAGAAGCGUGGCCUUGACGAGACGAGAGGGAAGUGGGAAGCUCAUUGGGCUAAUGCUCUCACGGACGACGAUCUGAAUUGGCUUGUUGAUACUGCACACUCCAACAAUAUUCGCCUGCCUAUAGGUUAUUUCACACUUGGCCCAGGGUUUUGUGAUAACACUGCUUUCGCCGGGAAGCCUUCGCAAGUCUAUGUCAAUGCUUGGCCUGCUGUCAAAUCUAUCGUUUCCCGUUGUUACGCUCGGGGAAUCGGUGUACUUAUCGACUUGCAUGGCGUCCCUGGUGGAGCUAACCACGAAACUCAUUCUGGAACCAGCAGCGGCAAGGCUGAGCUCUGGGGAAACUCGUUCAACCUGAAUCUCGCCACCAGAUGUAUCCAAUUCAUUGCAGACGAGUCCAUUCGUGACCCACAAUUGGCAGGUGUGGUGGGCAUUCAAAUCUGCAAUGAGUCAAUUAUCAAUCCUCCUGGGAUGUAUGAAUGGUACAACGAUGUCAUCCAACGGGUUUCUGCUAUGGAUCCCAGCAUCCCUCUGUACAUCAGCGAUGGAUGGGAGCUGAGCCGUGCAGCUGGGUUCACAAGAGCUUAUAACACUGUCGAGGGACCACCCAAGACACCCGUCGUGGUUGACUGUCACAAGUAUUGGACUUUCGAUGAAAAAGACACUUCCAGAAAUCCAUAUGAGAUCAUCGAGCAAGUCAAGAAUGAGCUCCCGGAACUCGACUCCAGCCUUAUGGGCGAUGUUUUCAACCACCGUGCCGGUAUUGCCGUUUACAUCGGCGAAUACUCUCAAGCACUAGCACCUCAAACUUGGUCCAGAGCACCAGCAGACCAGAAAGAUAAUCUCAUGAAACAAUUCGGAAACGAGCAGAGCAAGACUUGGCAGAGAAAAGCCAGCGGCUCUGCUUUCUGGACAUUCAAGAUGGAAUGGAUGCCAGGAUGGGAAUGGGGCUUUAAAGCCGGUACUGAUAGCGGACAGAUCAUCUCACCCAAGAGCAUGACAUUCACGAUCCGCGAGGUGAAGGAGAAAUUAGCUCUGGCGGACAGCAAACGCGGCGAAAACCAACAAGCCAACUUCACAGGCCACUCCCACUGGUGGGACAGUACGAACCCGGGCAAACCGUUCGAGCACUGGAGGUACAAUGAUGGCUACUCGCAGGGCUGGAACGACGCCCGAGACUUCUUCGCAGCGAGACUAUACGCCGUUGUGCCCUCAUCACAGCCCGGGUCACAAUGGGGCCCGCCAGCAGGCGACGAGAACAAAGUCAUCGGAGCAGACACCAUCGGCGCCAUCGAUCUGUGGGUCCUCAAGCGCAUGCGUGAGGCUUGGGUCGCGGACUCGAAUACUUGCCCUUUUGGCUGGGAGUGGGAGCAUGGCUUCCGUGCUGGCGAGAGAGGCUUCAGGGAGGUUGUUGGUGCUUGA